AUGGCCUGCCUCUGCCUGCCAAUGAAGAUGCAGGCCUCCAUGCAGCAGCUGCAGCUGAAGGAAGCUGCCGCCGCUGCCGCCGAAGCCGAGCAGUCGUGCUCAGAGCCCUUUGCCCAGACCAAGAAGGCCCAAGAAGGCGCCCAAAGGGAGACAGACAUAGACAUGUAUGGCACGGCACGGUGUCUACAGGAGCGCGAAGAGCAGAAUGGAUUAUCUGAGCAUUCCUUUGCCAUUGCCGUGACGCAUGGCUUCGACGGCGUCGUCUCCCUAGGUGCUUGCUCCGUUGAAGAUUCCCAUGCAGGGUCGCUUGCUACUCUGGAGACGGAUGGCAGCGUGCCCACACAGGGCCUCACUGACCCCGGCGAAGCAUCCUCGCUGCUUGCGGAAAGCGAGCGCGAGAUCGCUGCGCUUGACACCUCCAACAUCCCCCAGGCGAUCGAAAGACGUUUCGGAGUAGGGGCCGCCGCGCUGACAAGCGUGGUCGUGGCCUCCUUGAUCUUCUUGAGAUCCAAAAUGAGACCUUCGAGUUCGUCGCAAAGCCUCCUUGUUCUACUUUGCGCGGCGGUUCUGUUUAUGGCGGUGCCUUCUGAAGGCACUGCCACCGCCGUUUAUGUGACGGAUGGUGCGGGCGCAGCUGUAUUGGAUGAUGGACGGCUGGUGACCUGGGGCGAUGCAGGCUAUGGAGGCGACUCCUCGUCCGUGGCAUCUCAACUGACAAAUGUUCAAGAGGUGGUCACCACUUCAAGGGCAUUUGGGGCCCGGAAAAGCGAUGGCAGCGUCGUUGUUUGGGGUGAUUCCGGCUAUGCUGGCGACGCAAGCUCACUCGCUGCACCACUGUCAAGUGGCGUGACCAAGAUCGUGUCUGGUUUCUUCGCCAUGGCCGCGCUAAAGUCUGAUGGUAGUGUCGUUGCCUGGGGCAAUUCCGGUUUUGGUGGUGACACCAGCUCUGUUGCUGCCCAGCUAACCUCGGGCUGCGUGGGUUUGUACUCGAACAAGCACGCCUUCGUAGUGCUGAAGAGCGACGGAUCAGCGGUAACCUGGGGUAGCGGUGCCGGAUUGACAUCACCAGAAGACAUCACAUCGCUCAUCGACUCCACGGUAACUGAGAUCCUAGGAUCUCAUCAUGCCUUUGCUGCAUUGCGGGCCGAUGGAAGAGUGGUCACCUGGGGCGACGUGAAUACCGGGGGCGACUCCAGGAUGCUUUCUUCACAGCUCUCCUCUGGUGUCAUGAGCCUUCAUGGAGGUUCCAUGCAGUUUGCCGCGUUGAAGUCCGAUGGCACAGCAUUGGUGUGGGGCAUGGGGCCUGGGGGGAGUACUUGGGGCGAAGCCUUCUCGUCAGCCAAGAGCUUUGCUUUCUCCCAUACGGCCGUGGCCAUUGUGUUCACGGAUGGCACAGUGGCCUCCCGCGGAAAUACUAAUGAUCAGUAUGGCGCGGAUUCGAGCGCGGUCUCAGCACAGUUGACGGAUGUGGAUCGCAUCUAUGGCGGCUGGCAUGCCAGUGCCUUCAUCGCAGUCAAAAGCAAUGGAGAUGCAGUUGUAUGGGGGCAUCCUACUCGUGGUGGGGAUGCAUCCGGAGUGGAUCUCUGUUGCGUCCAAGCAGGCUUUGGUGGCUUCGAUGCCACGGCAAUACUCAAAACGGACGGCAGCGUCGUGGCCUUCGGAGAAUCGGCCAACGGUGGAAACACUCAGCAUCCGAACUCCGCGACAGACGUGACCUCGGGGGUGACGACCAUUGCUAUUCCGCCUCGAGAUGGCGA